UCCUUUUUUCUUCAAAUUUGGAGGGAGUUUAUAUCCUUCAAUGCGUGUCGCGUGUUUUCUUCUCAAAAUGUAAGAAAAAGAAGCCAAAAUAAAGAGAGAAAAAUUCGCAAGUAAAAGGAGGAGAAUAAGAAGUCAAGGAAUUAGAUUAAGCUCCCUUUCUGCCGGGAAUCGAACGCCGUAGGAGGACGGGAGAGGUUGGUUUCGGUAGGCGGAUGGCGGAGAGCGGCGCGGGCGGAGGGGCAGGUGGAGGAGAGGGGAAGUCUGCUGCGGCUGGAGCAGGGAAGCCGCCGCGGCCCACCAUAACGCUUCCACCCCGCUCUGCACUGGAGAGCCUCUUCCAUGGCGGCGGCGGCAUCCCGGAGGUCAGCCCCGGCCCGUUGACGCUGGUGUCGAGCUUCUUCGCGGACGAUCCCGAGUCCGAGUGCCGCUCCUUCACUCAGCUGCUCGUCGGAGCUAUGAAUUCUCCGGCGUCGGCGGCGAGGAGGCCGGCGGGGAUCACCGAAGAGAAGGAGAAGGUGAUGGAGAGUGGCUCGGAAGACGGCGGGACGGAGAGAGGAAGCGGAGGUAGUGACGGAGGCGGCGGAAGUGGAUUGGUUCGGUUGGGGCAGAACCGGCCGGCGAGCCUGGCAGUGAGCCAGACGCAGGCGUUCGCGAUUCCUCCAGGAUUAAGCCCCGCGAGCUUGCUGGAUUCUCCCGGGUUCUUCUCGUCCGGCCUGGGUACCUUUGGAGUGUCUCAUCAAGAGGCUCUAGCUCAAGUCACAGCCCAGCCAUCCCAUUCUCAGUACUGCAUGCUGAGUCAGGCGGAAUACCCAUCCACAUUUGUGGCAACUUCAUCAUCACAACAUCCAAUCCAGGAGAUUUCUACUCUAAAGCCAAACAGUACUGCAUAUGAAUCUGCUGGAGUCCCUCAUUCUGAUCAAAUAUCUCAGCCUAUGGCCAUAACAGUUGAUAAACCUGCAGAUGAUGGCUAUAAUUGGCGAAAAUAUGGCCAGAAAAUGGUAAAAGGCAGUGAAUAUCCUCGGAGCUACUACAAAUGCAGUCAUUCAAAUUGUCCAGUCAAGAAAAAGGUAGAACAUUCUUUAGAUGGCCAAAUAACUGAGAUAAUUUAUAAGGGUCAGCAUAAUCAUACACGUCCUGUACUAAAUAAGCGAUCCAAGGAAGAUGGUAUUUUUCACAGUGGGUCAAAUGAGAUUACUGAAAGUGUCAACAAUCCUACUACAUCUGAAUCAGCUUCUCAUGGUCAUCUUGGGAAUCUCAGGAGAUCAAGUGGCAUGACUGUUGCUACUUCAUCUUCCAAAAGAGAUAGAGAAUCUGACUACAGUGCACCUCAACAAUUAUUUGGUUCAUGUGAUAGGGAAGAAGCAUCUGAAAUUCAGAAAGAUGGAAGGGAUGGUCACGAUGCUGAUGCCAAAAGAAUGAAUGUGUCAGUUUCUUCACAAACAACAUCAACAGAACCUAAGGUCGUUGUGCAGACAACAAGCGAGGUUGAUCUUUUGGAUGAUGGUUAUAGGUGGCGCAAGUAUGGGCAGAAAGUUGUGAAAGGAAAUCCCAAUCCAAGGAGCUAUUACAAAUGCACUUAUCACGGAUGCAAUGUCAGGAAGCAUAUUGAAAGAGCUGCAACAGACCCCAAAGCAGUCGUAACAACAUACGAGGGGAAACAUAAUCAUGAUGUGCCCUUUGCUAGGAACAGCAGUCAUAACAUGGCAGGAGCUGGUGCCGCUUCCAGCACUGUGCAAUCUAAUAACCAAGGCUUCUUUAGGACCACCAACUUCAGAAAUAACGAUCAGCGACCAGUUGCAGUUUUGCAGCUUAAAGAAGAACAUGAGAUCACUUAGUUUAUUGGAAUUUGCUUCAAGAUCUGAACCGAAGCUCAUGCGACAGUAUACUGUAUUAAGUGGAUUUACUGAUGGAUAAUACACCAACAAGCCAGCAGUAAUCUCAGACUUAUCAGAUGUGGAAGGGUCUUCACUUGGCGGGGCUGUUAAUUAGAAGGCCAUCCUCCUACAUUAUCUGGUAAUGUCCUUGGUGAUAUUAUUCAAUCUCUGUAUUCAUUUUAGCUCCCAAAAAGGUUUUUAAUAAAAUUUGUUUGCAUAUACAUCACCAUGAACAACAAAGUGUGUAUUGUUCUCUUCUGUGUGAAAUACAAGAGUACAUGAUUCAGUAAUGGCUUCCACACUCUGUAGCUAUUGUUUUGGCUAAUAAAGCAGACCAAUUAGACCUGUUUUAAUCA